AACAAACAUGGCGGAAAGAGUACGACCCUUCGCUACAGCAUUCUUCGUCGUGUCCUUUCUUGUAAGUAAAACCAUCGGUGAAGAUGAAGGCGAGAAGUAUAACCCGAAUGGUCCGCUUGUGAACUGCAGUUACUUGUAAGUCACUUUGUCGAUUGAACACUAAGUUACCUGAAGGUGAACUUCCGCUUGUAAACUAGCUUGCAUGUAGCUACACAUAUUUCGUUUUCAUUCUUAUAAUGGUCUGGGCCGGUUGUUCGAAGCUGGGUUAGACAGAGAAAACAAUGACAAAAACAAUACAUUGCCAUUAGGAAAACAGAUUUGUUUUACAAUAGUAUGGGGCUAUGCGGAAAUUUUACCUAAACUUGGGCUAGCAGGAAAUUUGGUCAGAGAUCUGAAAACUUUGAAAGAAAAUUUGCCUGGAAAAAAGUAAAUUCGCCAGGUCUCUCUGGUGAUAGCAUUUGACCAAAUUAUACCGGCUGUUUAAUCAUCCAUGUGGUUAUCGUUGCAAUAAGGAUUAUCUGUAAGAUGCGAAAUGAUAUUUUGGUAUUGUUUAGUACAGUCACCGUUAUGCAACUUGAUAUAUUCAUAAGGAGCAUUUUGAUCAAGGAGGACUAUCACAGAACAUUUUGUACUGGGAACAUUGAGUUGGUAGGCUGUGUGGCUGACACUUUUGCGUUAACUCAGCAAGUGGAAGUCCGAGUGAUGCUGGUCAUUUGAAGUGACAGUGUUUUUGUAGUUGAAAUGAAUGUAUCAUUGAGAUGAGGGUGUGAUUUUCUAUGGUGAACUAGAUUGUUUUGCUUAUUUAUGUUAUAGUAUGAGUACAAUGCUAUUGUUAUCAGUGAUAAAUUAGUACAUAAUACUUUUCUUUCCAGACCUAUAGACUUUCUUGAAUGUGAUCCACCACAUGAUUUUACAUCAAAUAAAACUGCACAAGAGGAGUCAGGCUAUGGAUGUUCUAAAGUAAGAGCACAUGUUGUGUUUAAAAUAUUUUUCCUCCAUUUAAUAUGACUUAAUUUUAUUUUAUGAUCACAAUGAAUAUGAUGACCCAGAAAAUUGAAGAAAAAUUUGAACUGCUAAAGAUACAAGCAUAGCUAAUAGAAGUUAGUUCCUGUGAAGUCAGACAUUCAUUCCUCCAUAGCACGCCCUCAACCAUUAAAAAAUCAGAACCCCAUGAAAAGGUUUUCCACUAAUUUGUAAGAGUAAUCAGCUCCUAAGUUCUCCUUGCAAAAUCCACCCCUGAAUGAAACAUCAAAGGGGCAAGGUCACCCUGUGAGCUUGAGCACUGAGUUCUUUUUAAGUUUGAUACUUAAGAAAAUUUAAUGUAAUGUUCCAUAAAAUUGAUGGACUUUUUACCUUGCUAAAGGGGAAAAUGAGGCAGAUGGGAAAAACAUUAUUUGUAGGAACUCACAGCCAAAUUGAAUGUAUUCUUGAAUUAGUAGAGAUUUGCAAACGAAGAAUGCUUUCUUCUCAGCAUAAUUAAUUUUGUUCUUAAAAUAUGUUCUUCUGACUCCUUUUGCUUCAUGCGAGAAAAACCUGCUCAAUCAGACAUCUGAAAUUCUCCUUCAUUCAUUCAUGCCUCUAUAAAUAGAUGAACAUUUAGAUACAUAAAAACUGUUCAAUCAAUGUAACAGUAAAAUGUUGGCCACUAGUUUCUACACUCUGUAUGUGCAAAGCAUGAGUCGUGACCUACCUCUUUAAGGUCAUGAGAAUGAAGGAAGUGAAUGUCAACAAAAGAAGCUCUUUUUGUUAAACAAAUUCUCCUUGUCAGUAUGAGAGAGAAGUAUGAAGAAAAUACACAUAGGUUUUGGGUGUAGACAUUAAUUCUUGUGAGCUCAGUGGCUCUUUAUUGCUGGAUCAUAUCCCAAUUUUUGUGAUAUAGAGCCUCAAAUAGUUUGCCUUCUCCUCCUGGAUAGGAGACUAGUCUAGUUCAGGUGACCUCAGGGAUUUUGUUAAGAAUCUGGGACUAUAUGUUGUUAACCAUUUUAACUUGGGUGCAGAGAGGGGCCCAGUGUAGGGUUCAUUAAAGAGAAUAAUUAAAACAGCAGACUGACUAGCAAGGGCUUGGACGGUGGCCUUCCCUUUCUGGAGUUAAGUAUAUCAACUGAUAGGCCAUUGCAUCUUCCUUCGCAAAAAAUGAUGAAAUAAUUUUAAUAAACCAUUUCCCCAGUGGACCCCUUCAGGACCAAGAAGACAGAGAAUGAAACAAAAUAUUUAUGUUUGUUGUAAUCAAAACAUAGGUUAAGUAACCUCUUUACAUAGAAAACCCUUGGAGCUAAAUAAAGCUCAAUAAAAAAUCUAAUGAGUAGCAGGGUGGAAGGCUGAAACCUUGAACCACCCAGGAAAGAGUUUAGCACCUUAACCCUUCAACCUUUAAGAGUGACUAACAUCUAAUUUCUCAUUACAAUUUCACCCCUGAAUCACACAUUAAGGACACAAGAAUAAAGGAAAUGAUCACCAACUACUGAAGCUCUGGAUUGUUAACCAAAUUCUCCUUAUCAGCAGCUCAGGAAAUGUUUAGAAAACAGUAUAUUUAAUACAUGUAAUGUGUACUACUAAAAGUAAAUACACAUUUCAAUCGCUUGUGUAACAUUUUGCUUUGUGAUAAUUUAUUUAUAGUUUGGCGGUUCAAAGUAUGAAGACGUUCAACACACACGGGUAUGGUGUGAAGUUUUAUCUGGAAUUGAGUGCUUUGGAGAAAGAAAAUUUCUCAGCUUAGAAAAAUUUCCCUGUAUCAAGUAAGUUAAUUUUGAGUUAUUAUCAAGAUGGAACAACUUUCAGGGGUGUUGCUGAGUUUUCUCCAACGUACGUGUAGAUCGUGAUCAUUUAUUGUUCAGCGUCCUGAAAUUGCUAGUAAGAGUUACAUAUCCAUUGUUUCUUAUGGACUGUUUCUCCUCCAAACCAGGCUUUUUCCUUCAAAUAUGUCUUUUUUCAGUCACUUCUUUAUUUACUCAUUCAUUCAGUCAUUGAGAACCACUCAUAUUCGAGCAUAUUUUAUUGAUACAAUUACAAACAUAACUAGCAAAAGACAAAGCAAAUAGGGCACCAGAUAUUAACACGUAACAAAUAGAUCACUGAAGACAGAGUCCGAGAUAUUACACGUAACAAAAAAAACACAAGACAAGCAGCACGCGAGAUCCUGCAAGUAACAAAUAGAAACCAACACAGAGAUUUAAAGCGCGUAAGAUUUAAAACCUAAAGGUUUGGUUCCAAAACAAACAGUGCGUGAGAUACUUCUCGUAACAAAUGAAACACAGAACGAACAAACCACAAGAUUUUACACGUAAAAACAAAGUUAGAAUACAGAACAAACAGUAUCUGAAGUCAUUCUAUUAACAUACAGAACACAGAACAAACAGUCUGCGAGACACUACAACUAAAAAAAAAAAAAGAGAGAAAAAACAGUGCGCGGGAUACUACAUGUAACAAAAAGAAAAGCGACCAAACGGCGCGCGAGAAACUACAGAUAACAAAGAGAAAAGAGAACAAACAGUGCACGUGAUACAACAGGUAACAAAUAGAAAAGAUAACAAACAUUGCACGGGAUACUACACGUAACAAAUAGUAAAAAGAGAACAAACGGUGCGCGGGAUACAACAGGUAACAAAUAGAAAAGAGAACAAACAGUGCGCGAGAUACUACACGUAACAAAUAGUAAAAAGAGAACAAACGGUGCGCGGGAUACAACAGGUAACAAAUAGAAAAGAGAACAAACAGUGCGCGAGAUACUACACGUAACAAAUAGUAAAAAGAGAACAAAUGGUGCGCGGGAUACUACACGUAACAAAUAGAAAAGAGAACAAACAGUGCGCGUGAUACUACACGUAACAAAUAGUAAAAAGAGAACAAACAGUGCGCGGGAUACAACAGGUAACAAAUAGAAAAGAGAACAAACAGUGCGCGAGAUACUACACGUAACAAAUAGUAAAAAGAGAACAAAUAGUGCGCGGGAUACUACACGUAGCAAAUAGGAAAGAGAACAAACAGUGUGCCUGAUACUACAGGUUACAAAUAGAAAAGAGAAAAAACAGUGUGCGGGAUACUGCACGUAACAAAUAGAAAAAAAAAACAGUGUGCCUGAUACUACAGGUUACAAAUAGAAAAGAGAAAAAACAGUGUGCGGGAUACUACACGUAACAAAUAGAAAAGACAACAAACAGUGCGCGAGAUAGUACACGUAACAAAUACAAAAGAGAACAAACAGUGCGCGUGAUACUACACGUAACAAAUAGAAAAGAGAACAAACAGUGCGCGAGAUACUACACGUAACAAAUAGAAAAGAGAACAAACAGUGCGCGUGAUACUACACGUAACAAAUAGAAAAGAGAACAAACAGUGCGCGUGAUACUACACGUAACAAAUAGAAAAGAGAACAAACAGUGCGCGGGAUACUACACGUAACAAAUAGAAAAGAGAACAAACAGUGCUCGAGAUACUAAACGUAACAAAUAGAAAAGAGAACAAACAGUGCGCGAGAUACUACACGUAACAAAUAGUAAAAAGAGAACAAAUAGUGCGCGGGAUACUACACGUAACAAAUAGAAAAGACAACAAACAGUGUGCGUGAUACUACAAGUAACAAAUAGAAAAGACAACAAACAGUGUGCGUGAUGGUAACAAAUAGAAAAGACAACAAACAGUGUGCGUGAUACUACACAACAAAUAGAAAAGAGAACAAACAGUGCGCGAGAUACUACACGUAACAAAUAGAAAAGACAACAAACAGUGUGCGUGAUACUACAGGUAACAAAUAGAAAAGAGAACAAACAGUGUGCGUGAUACUACAAGUAACAAAUAGAAAAGAGAACAAACAGUGCGCGUGAUACUACAAGUAACAAAUAGAAAAGACAACAAACAGUGCGCGUGAUACUACAAGUAACAAAUAGAAAAGACAACAAACAGUGCGCGUGAUACUACAGGUAACAAAUAGAAAAGAGAACAAACAGUGCGCGUGAUACUACAGGUUACAAAUAGAAAAGACAACAAACAGUGCGCGGGAUACUACAGGUUACAAAUAGAAAAGAGAACAAACAGUGUGCGUGAUACUACACGUAACAAAUAGAAAAGAGAACAAAGAGUGCGCGGGAUACUACAGGUUACAAAUAGAAAAGACAACAAACAGUGCGCGGGAUACUACAGGUAACAAAUAGAAAUGAGAACAAACAGUGCGCGGAAUACUACAGGUUACAAAUAGAAAAGAGAACAAACAGUGCGUGAGAUACUACACGUAACAAAUAGAAAAGAGAACAAACAGUGCGUGUGAUACUACAGGUUACAAAUAGAAAAGAGAACAAACAGUGCGCGUGAUACUACAGGUUACAAAUAGAAAAGAGAACAAACAGUGCGCGUGAUACUACAGGUUACAAAUAGAAAAGAGAACAAACAGUGCGCGUGAUACUACAGGUUACAAAUAGAAAAGAGAACAAACAGUGCGCGUGAUACUACAGGUUACAAAUAGAAAAGACAACAAACAGUGCGCGUGAUACUACAGGUUACAAAUAGAAAAGAGAACAAACAGUGUGCGUGAUACUACACGUAACAAAUAGAAAUGAGAACAAACAGUGCGCGUGAUACUACAGGUUACAAACAGAAAAGACAACAAACAGUGCGCUUGAUACUACACGUAACAAAUAGAAAAGAGAACAAACAGUGCGCGGGAUACUACAGGUUACAAAUAGAAAAGAGAACAAACAGUGCGUGUGAUACUACAGGUAACAAAUAGAAAAGAGAACAAACAGUGCGUGUGAUACUACAGGUAACAAAUAGAAAAGAGAACAAACAGUGCGUGUGAUACUACAGGUUACAAAUAGAAAAGAGAACAAACAGUGCGUGUGAUACUACAAGUUACAAAUAGAAAAAGAGAACAAACAGUGCGUGUGAUACUACAGGUAACAAAUAGAAAAGAGAACAAACAGUGCGCGAGAUACUACACGUAACAAAUAGAAAAGAGAACAAACAGUGCGCGGGAUACUACAGGUAACAAAUAGAAAAAACAACAAACAGUGCGCGGGAUACUACUGGUAACAAAUAGAAAAGAAAAAAACAGUGCGCGUGAUACUACUGGUAACGAUUAGAAAAGACAAAAAACAGUGCGCGGGAUACUACUAGUAACGAUUAGAAAAGAAAAAAACAGUGCGCGGGAUACUACACGUAACAAAUAGAAAAGAGAACAAACAGUGCGCGUGAUACUACAGGUAACAAAUAGAAAAGAGAACAAACAGUGCGCGGGAUACUACAGGUUACAAAUAGAAAAGAGAACAAACAGUGCGCGGGAUACUACUGGUAACGAUUAGAAAAGACAACAAACAGUGCGCGGGAUACUACUGGUAACGAUUAGAAAAGAGAAAAAACAGUGCGUGAGAUACUACACGUAACAAAUAGAAAAGAGAACAAGCAGUGCGCGGGAUACUACACGUAACAAAUAGAAAAGAGAACAAACAAUGCGCUUGAUACAACACGUAACAAAUAGAAAAGACAACAAACAGUGCGCGAGAUACUACACGUAACAAAUAGAAAAGAGAACAAACAGUGUGCGUGAUACUACAGGUUACAAAUAGAAAAGAGAACAAACAGUGCGUGUGAUACUACAGGUUACAAAUAGAAAAAGAGAACAAACAGUGCGUGUGAUACUACAGCUAACAAAUAGAGAAGAGAACAAACAGUGCGCGGGAUACUACAGGUAACAAAUAGAAAAGAGAACAAAGAGUGCGCGGGAUACUACAGGUUACAAAUAGAAAAGAGAACAAACAGUGCGUGUGAUACUACAGGUUACAAAUAGAAAAAGAGAACAAACAGUGCGUGUGAUACUACAGGUUACAAAUACAAAAGAGAACAAACAGUGCGCGGGAUACUACAGGUAACAAAUAGAAAUGAGAAGAAACAGUGCGUGUGAUACUACAGGUUACAAAUAGAAAAGAGAACAAACAGUGCGCGGGACACUACUGGUAACAAAUAGAAAAGAGAACAAACAGUGCGUGUGAUACUACAGGUAACAAAUAGUAAAAAAGACAACAAACAGUGCGCGGGACACUACUGGUAACAAAUAGAAAAGAAAACAAACAGUGCGCGUGAUACUACAUGUAACAAAUAGUAAAGACAACAAACAGUGCGCGGGACACUACUGGUAACAAAUAGAAAAGAAAACAAACAGUGCGCGGGACACUACUGGUAACAAAUAGAAAAGAGAAGAAACAGUGCGCGUGAUACUACAUGUAACAAAUAGUAAAGACAACAAACAGUGCGCGGGACACUACUCGUAACAAAUAGAAAAGAAAAGAAACAGUGUGCGUGAUACUACACGUAACAAAUAGAAAAGAAAACAAAUAGUGCGCGGGAUACUACAGGUAACAAAUGGAAAAGAGAACAAGCAGUGCGCGAGAUACUACACGUAACAAAUAGAAAAGAGAACAAGCAGUGCGCGAGAUACUACACGUAACAAAUAGAAAAGACAACAAACAGUGCGCGUGAUACUACACGUAACAAAUAGAAAAGACAACAAACAGUGCGCGGGAUACUACACGUAACAAAUAGAAAAGAGAACAAACAGUGUGCGUGAUACUACAGGUUACAAAUAGAAAAGAGAACAAACAGUGCGUGUGAUACUACAGGUUACAAAUAGAAAAAGAGAACAAACAGUGCGUGUGAUACUACAGCUAACAAAUAGAGAAGAGAACAAACAGUGCGCGGGAUACUACAGGUAACAAAUAGAAAAGAGAACAAAGAGUGCGCGGGAUACUACAGGUUACAAAUAGAAAAGAGAACAAACAAUGCGCGUGAUACUACAGGUAACAAAUAGAAAAGAGAACAAACAGUGCGUGUGAUACUACAGGUUACAAAUAGAAAAGAGAACAAACAGUGCGCGGGAUACUACAGGUAACAAAUAGAAAAGAGAAGAAACAGUGCGCGGAAUACUACAGGUUACAAAUAGAAAAGAGAACAAACAGUGCGUGAGAUACUACACGUAACAAAUAGAAAAGAGAACAAACAGUGCGUGUGAUACUACAGGUUACAAAUAGAAAAGAGAACAAACAGUGCGUGUGAUACUACACGUAACAAAUAGAAAAGAGAACAAACAGUGCGUGUGAUACUACAGGUUACAAAUAGAAAAGAGAACAAACAGUGUGCCUGAUACUACAGGUAACAAAUAGAAAAGAGAACAAACAGUGCGCGUGAUACUACAGGUUACAAAUAGAAAAGACAACAAACAGUGCGCGGGAUACUACAGGUUACAAAUAGAAAAGAGAACAAACAGUGUGCGUGAUACUACACGUAACAAAUAGAAAUGAGAACAAACAGUGCGCGUGAUACUACAGGUUACAAACAGAAAAGAGAACAAACAGUGCGCGGGAUACUACACGUAACAAAUAGAAAAGACAACAAACAGUGCGCGUGAUACUACACGUAACAAAUAGAAAAGAGAACAAACAGUGCGCGAGAUACUACACGUAACAAAUAGAAAAGACAACAAACAGUGCGCGAGAUACUACACGUAACAAAUAGAAAAGAGAACAAACAGUGCGCGUGAUACUACAGGUUACAAAUAGAAAAGACAACAAACAGUGCGUGUGAUACUACACGUAACAAAUAGAAAAGAGAACAAACAGUGCGUGUGAUACUACAGGUUACAAACAGAAAAGACAACAAACAGUGCGCGGGAUACUACACGUAACAAAUAGAAAAGACAACAAACAGUGCGUGUGAUACUACAGGUAACAAAUAGAAAAGAGAACAAACAGUGCGCGUGAUACUACAGGUUACAAAUAGAAAAGACAACAAACAGUGCGCGGGAUACUACAGGUUACAAAUAGAAAAGAGAACAAACAGUGUGCGUGAUACUACACGUAACAAAUAGAAAUGAGAACAAACAGUGCGUUUGAUACAACACGUAUCAAAUAGAAAAGAGAACAAGCAGUGCGCGAGAUAGUACACGUAACAAAUAGAAAAGACAAACAGUGCGCUUGAUACUACACGUAACAAAUAGAAAAGAGAACAAACAGUGCGCGGGAUACUACAGGUUACAAAUAGAAAAGAGAACAAACAGUGCGUGUGAUACUACACGUAACAAAUAGAAAAGAGAACAAACAGUGCGUGUGAUACUACAGGUUACAAAUAGAAAAGAGAACAAACAGUGCGUGUGAUACUACAGGUUACAAAUAGAAAAGAGAACAAACAGUGCGUGUGAUACUACAGGUAACAAAUAGAAAAGAGAACAAACAGUGCGUGUGAUACUACAGGUAACAAAUAGAAAAGAGAACAAACAGUGCGCGGGACACUACUGGUAACAAAUAGAAAAGAGAACAAACAGUGCGUGUGAUACUACAGGUAACAAAUAGUAAAGACAACAAACAGUGCGCGGGACACUACUGGUAACAAAUAGAAAAGAAAACAAACAGUGCGCGUGAUACUACAUGUAACAAAUAGUAAAGACAACAAACAGUGCGCGGGACACUACUGGUAACAAAUAGAAAAGAAAACAAACAGUGCGCGGGACACUACUGGUAACAAAUAGAAAAGAGAAGAAACAGUGCGCGUGAUACUACAUGUAACAAAUAGUAAAGACAACAAACAGUGCGCGGGACACUACUCGUAACAAAUAGAAAAGAAAAGAAACAGUGUGCGUGAUACUACACGUAACAAAUAGAAAAGACAACAAACAGUGCGCGUGAUACUACAGGUAACAAAUAGAAAAGAGAACAAACAGUGCGCGAGAUACUACACGUAACAAAUAGAAAAGAGAACAAACAGUGCGCGAGAUACUACACGUAACAAAUAGAAAAGAGAACAAACAGUGCGCGUGAUACUACACGUAACAAAUAGAAAAGACAACAAACAGUGCGCGUGAUACUACACGUAACAAAUAGAAAAGAGAACAAACAGUGCGCGUGAUACUACACGUAACAAAUAGAAAAGACAACAAACAGUGCGUGUGAUACUACAGGUUACAAAUAGAAAAGAGAACAAACAGUGCGUGUGAUACUACAGGUUACAAAUAGAAAAGAGAACAAACAGUGCGCGGGAUACUACAGGUAACAAAUAGAAAAGAGAACAAACAGUGCGCGGGAUACUACAGGUAACAAAUAGAAAAGAGAACAAACAGUGCGCGUGAUACUACAGGUAACAAAUAGAAAAGAGAACAAACAGUGCGUGUGAUACUACAGGUUACAAAUAGAAAAGAGAACAAACAGUGCGUGUGAUACUACAGGUUACAAAUAGAAAAGAGAACAAACAGUGCGUGUGAUACUACAGGUAACAAAUAGAAAAGAGAACAAACAUUGCGUGUGAUACUACAGGUUACAAAUAGAAAAGAGAACAAACAGUGCGUGUGAUACUACAGGUUACAAAUAGAAAAGAGAACAAACAGUGCGCUUGAUACUACAGGUAACAAAUAGAAAAGACAACAAAAAGUGCGCGUGAUACUACACGUAACAAAUAGAAAAGACAAAAAACAGUGCGCGUGAUACUACUCGUAACAAACAGAAAAGAGAAAAAACAGUGCGCGUAGUACUACACGUAACAAAUAGAAAAGACAACAAACAGUGCGCGUGAUACUACACGUAACAAAUAGGAAAGAUAAGAAAAAGUGCGUAAGAAAUUACAUUAAAAUAUCGUUGGGAAGAUGCUAUAUGUAAUAAAGAGCAAACUAAAAGACUGUAAAAUAAAUAUGAUGAGAACUAUGAAUUUUGAUAUUCCUCGCUGCAGUAAAAUACUGACAAUGGUAGCGAUGGUUUUAAUGUUAAGUAUUGUGAUACCGAUUAGUUUUAUUGUUAAUUAACGAAUAUUAGUUUGUUGAUUUACAUCAUAUAAUUUUGGUAAAUAGACUAGGAUCACUCAUUAAUUUCUGAAAAAAUUGGUAAAAAAGUUUUUUGGAUCUCUGAAAUAGACUUCAAGUUACUGUUUGGCAUUGAAUGUUACUGAUGUAUGUUGUUUUUUAUUGACUGGUCGUCUUCUUUUGCAUAAGGCCUUUUUUCUUCCUUUUUUUUUUUUUUUUAUAUAUUCACUCACUGUCAUCGAUCCAUCUUUCCAUCUUUCCAUCUUUUAUUCCCUUAGUGAUCUAUUUAUUCAUUAAUUCAUUCUUUUCUCAAUCAUGUAUUACUUCAUUCAUUCAUUCAUUCAUUUAUCCAUCCAUUAAUUUACUCACUUGUCCUUUCAUACCCUCUUUUUAUUUAGUCAUUCAUUUAUUUCUUCGUUCGGAAAUUCAGUAAUGCAAUUACUCAUUGAUUCCAUCUUUCCUUCUUUUUUCAUUUCACAGAUAUUCAGGUCACCGUUUUGUGACAACUCUUUUGUAUUCUAUUCUCUUGGGAUUCCUUGGUGUAGACCGCUUCUGUUUGGGACACACUGGCACAGCUGUGGGUAAACUCCUUACACUCGGGGGGCUGGGAAUUUGGUGGAUUGUGGAUGUAAUUCUGCUUAUAACAGGAAACCUUAGACCUGAAGAUGAGAGCAAUUGGGUGCCAUUCUAUUGAAGGAUACAAAUGUACAUGUGGACAGGAUUUCUGUAUGGAAUCAGAUUGCAGGAAGCAUACCAAUCUGGUUUAGCAUCAUUGUAUGCUUCGUUCGAGAUAAUUCAAAUACAUGCGUUUUACACGGACUUGUGGCAUGAUGAUGUUCCGAGGCAAUUCUGCGCGUAUAUUUAGUUUUUAAAGAGAGACCAUACCUGCCAGAGUAUUCCUGAAAAUGACUGUUGCUGGCUGUAAACAUUUCGGCAAUCCGUGGAUAGGCUUGUUAAGAGUCAAGUGAGAACGAUAUCGUCCACAACCUUGAAUGUCGUAUCAGAACUUGACAGGAGUAGAAACACAUCACUCUACAGGCAAGCUACAUUAACAUGUGCAGGUGCUUGCACUACAAGAAGGCCCGGAAAGGCACUGUAGAUGGAACAGGCAAACAUGAUGAGAUAUGCAUCUCCGUGGCAUGUUUGCUUUGACAGCAAAAUUAUAACGUAUUCGUAGAAUACUUGGAAGGACAGUUGAAAAACAUACACUUGUUUUUAUUUAAGUAUAUAAAAAAUAGUGAAAUUAAAGAAGAACUCCAAAUUGCCAGACGAAGAAAAGCACUUCUGUCUGUUUAUUGAUCCAAGGUUUCCGCUGAAGCUUGAGAAAAGACCCGUGAAGAACUCCCUAUAGAUAGUUUAAGACUGGAUUAAUAAAUGUGUAC